AUGGCGGUAGGUGUUGCGGCCGGUGCGUGUCACUCUCUCGCCUGGGAUGCGGCAGGCGCCGCCUUCGCUUGGGGCCACGGCGGGAACGGAAGGCUUGGACUUGGUGGCGCUUGCAAGCGGCCCAGCCCGCAGCGAGUCGCCUUGGCGAAGCCCGUCAGCGCGGCCAGCGCUGGGGCCAACUUCAGCCUCUUCGUGGUGGACUCUGGGCAGGAGCUCUUCGCUUGCGGUGGCAACCAGUACGGACAGCUCGGGAUCGACGCGAGCCAGGCCUUCACGCCCGUCUCCGUCCAGAUCCCCCUGGCGGAAGACGAGGUCAUCGCGGCAGUGGAGAGUGGGACCAACCAUGUGAUCUGCUUGACGCAGAUGGAUGGCGAGGCUGAGGGCCAGGCGACGGUGUGGGCUUGGGGCUGCGCCUCCUCGGGGCAGUGUGGACCUAACGCUGCCUUUGAGUCGCAAGCCAGGCCCUUGAAACUCGGCGACUUCUCGCCGCCAUCGCCUCACCGCGCCGUCGCCGUGGCCGCCGGCCGCUCCCACUCAGCGGUCCUGGCUUUCACCGGCAACACUCCCGGCUGGCCCAGGGCACGUGCACGGCUUCGCCCGGCGGCACGCACUCCGAGAGAGAAGUCGAGGCCCCGAAAAGCUGAGCGCAGUGAGCAGGCUGAGGACAUCAUUGAGGAGUUCCUCACGGGCUUGGCGCAGCCCUCGCGAUUUCGAGCCUCGAAGCUGUUUGUCCUCCUGGCGGCGGCGGUGGCGUUGCUGAAGCUGCUCCCCGACCUCGACUUCUUAGGAGGCGACUCAAAGCCCGCCGUGAAACCUGGGGGAGCUUAUGAUGGCAGCGACAUCAACCCCGAGGAGAUGGGAGCCACCGAGUGGGAAAGGAACUGGUGGCGCGACAUGAAAACCCAGCAAGAAGCUCUCAACAAGAAGGCGGCCAUCGAACAGUCCAGAGGUGAUGAGGAUGGCGAGGGCGUGAAGACUCUGCUCUACUUGUUCGGCUUCCUGGUCUUCGGGACCUUCCUGGUCUUCCUGCCAGGACCCUUGCACAAGCUUUUCGCCCUUGCGAGGGCCGCACCGAGAGUGACCAUGGCUGAGGAAGCGCUCUUCAUGGGGGAAGGAGUCACCGAGAAGGUCCGGAAUCCCACUUCCGAGCUCUCUUCGCGACUGGGAGGCCGGCUCAUACGACGCUCAGGGCAGGGGCAGCAGGAGAAUCGCCGGUUUGCAGGCCGAAGGGGGCGCGAGCAGAAAGCGCCGCAGCUGAAGCCCUCGAAGCUGCCCGGAACCGGAACGGCCGGAACGGAGCCCCUGGGCGUCUCCAAGGCGCCGAGACGGACGAAGCCCGGCCUGGGCACAGGGGCCUUGCUGGCCGAGGCCUUGGCAGCCGAGGAUCAGUGGAGUGGCAUCCGCGAGUCCUUGAAGGGCCUGAGCUCCUACAUCGCACAGCUCUCUGACACGCCAGUUAAGGCACCGCUUGCUUCCUGGGCGCCCGUGCCGGCCGUGGUGCAACCCGGAGUGGGAGCCAUGGGGACGGCUUUCGCCCAAAGGUGCAGGAUCAGCAGUGGAGGCUUGGGAGUUCAAGCCGGGGAGUGGAUUCCGAUAUUCCCUCAAAGACAGCCAGGCCUGACGCGCGAGCGAUCCCUCGAGCUGCUGAUCGAGGCCAUGAGAGCUGGUCGGUAUCAUUCCGAAGAGGUCGAGAAACUGGCGCUGGAGUCUUUGGACUCGGACUCCUGGGAGGCGAAGCAGGGCGGCCUGCAGGCAGCCUCCGAGGCGAUCAAGCACUGGGACCAGCCAGUUUUUCGGGAAGCUGUGCUGGAGAAGGUGCCCGACCUCCUGACGGACCGGGAGUACCGUGUCCGGAAGGCCACAGCGGCCGUGCUCCGGGAGUGCUGUCUGCGAGAUGGGCUGGCCGUCUACGACAAGAUGGGGAAGAUCGUCUUGCACGACAUUCAAGACAAGUUCAAGCGACCCCAGGAGGAGGAGCCGCCAAGCGAACCGGGUCAAGGCUACGGGGAGGCGCCUGCCCCGCCAGCUCCACCCACCUUCCUGCACGACACGGAAGGUUGGCGGUCCCUGGAGACGUCCAUGGGAGCUUUGGAGGCGAUGAUGCAGGGUUGCGGCAUGGCCUUCACGCCACGCAUCGAUGACUCCAUGCUCUCACUGAUGGAGGAGUGUUCCAGGCACACCAAUCGCUUUGUGCGAGAGUACACCUACUUUGCCCUCAAGAACGUUUUCGAGGUCUGUUCUCAGGAGGCGUUCAUGGCCACCGUGGCACCCAAGACGGUUCACAUCGUCGCUGCAGGCAUCAAGGACAACUGGAGCCAGGUGCGCUACGCCGCCUCGGUGGCCGCCCGCGCCUUCAACGAGAAGGCUGGCGAUCGAAGGGAGGCCUUCUAUCCACAGCUCUUGGGGCUCAUGUGCCUGAACCGGCACUAUGUGGCCGAAGGCGUCCGCAACUUCUCCCAGGACACCUGGAAGCAGGUCUGCGGGCCGCAAGGUGGCGCCAGGCUGCUGGUGGCCCACUUCGAUAGUGUGAUUGAUGCUUACGUCGACGCUGCAACGGCACCGAACCACGCGGUGCGAGAGGCUGCCUGCAACUGCAUCUCAGAACUCGCGGCUCGCGUUGCAGGUGCACCCUCGAACCCGACGCCUUACCGCGAGCACUUCACGCCACCCCGUGUGCAGCGGCUGCUGAAGGCUUUGCUGGACUCCUCCACUGACGAGUCCUGGCCAGUGCGGGACGUAGCCAGCACUGCGCUGGGAUUCUUC